AUGGGCCAGAUGGCCCUGACGAGGGCCAGCAGCAGCAUUCCCAAACCACAGGCCUUGUACCCUGACCUCUCUUCUUCGGAGGGUUUAGAGGAGCUGCUGUCUGCAUCUCCUCCAGACCUGGGAGCACAAAGGAACCACGGCUGGAACCCGAAAGACUGUUCAGAGAACAUCGAAGUCAAAGAAGAGGGGUUGUGCCUUGAGCGGCGGCCUGUGUCCCAGAGUACCGAUGGGGCCCGGGGAAAGAGAGGUUUCAGCUGGCCCCCGGAGCAGAGGGGCACUCUUGCUGUGGUGGGCGUGGCCAGGGCCUUUGCCCCGCUGCAGGCUGCCCACUAUGCGGCGCUGCUGGGCAGCAACAGCGAGUCUUGGGGUUGGGACAUCAGGCGGGGCAGUCUCUACUAUCAGAGCAAGGAGAGAGGCGCCCCUCAAUAUCCAGCCAUACCUUCAGGGGAACACUUGGAAGUGCCAGAGAGGCGUCUGGUAAUUCUGGACAUGGAGGAGGGAAUUCUAGGCUACGCUAUUGAGGGUACCUACCUGGGACCUGCCUUCCACGGACUGAAGGGUAAGAUCCUCUAUCCAGCAGUAAGCGCUGUAUGGGGCCAGUGCCAGGUCCGCAUCCGCUACUUGGGCGAAAGGAGAGCGGAGCCAUACUCCCUUCUGCACCUGAGCCGCCAGUAUGUGCGCCAAGCCCUGGGGGAUACCCGACUUGGCCAGGUAUCUGCUCUGCCCCUGUCCCCUGCCCUGAAGCACUACCUGCUCUACCAGUGA